GUCGUCGAACGUAAACCGGAAGUGACGGCAUUCCGUUCCCCUCACUUCCGACUUACACGUGUGUUUACUAGAAAUGUGGACGACUUAGCCUAAAUAGUAAUAGUAACACACGUUAUCUGGUUGAGACAUGGGGAAGCUGAACGUCGUGGUGUUGAGAUACUUAUCUCGAGAUGACUUCCGAGUCCUCACAGCGGUUGAGAUGGGGAUGAAGAACCAUGAGAUUGUUCCAGUGAGUCUCCUGGCCUCCAUAGCGAGCCUCAAACACGGUGGCUGCAACAAGGUCCUCAGAGAGCUUGUCAAACACAAACUCGUGGCGUAUGAGCGCUCCAAGACUGUGCAAGGUUACAGGUUGAACAAUGGAGGAUAUGACUACUUGGCUCUGAAGACCUUCUGCUCCAGAGAAGUUCUCAUUUCAGUUGGCAACCAGAUUGGUGUGGGUAAAGAGUCAGAUAUAUAUAUUGUGGCAAGUCCGAACGACGAGCAGUACGCUCUGAAGCUUCACAGAUUAGGUCGUACCUCCUUCAGGAACCUGAAGAACAAGAGAGAUUACCACCAACACAGGAAGAACAUGUCCUGGCUAUAUCUCUCUCGCCUGUCUGCCAUGAAGGAGUUUGCCUACAUGAAGGCGUUGUAUGAUCGUGGCUUUCCUGUUCCCAAACCUGUAGACUAUAACAGACAUGCUGUUGUGAUGGAGCUCAUCAAUGGAUAUCCAUUGUGUCAGGUGCAUAAGCUGCAGGAUCCAUCUUCCCUGUACAAUGAGUUCAUGGAGCUCAUAGUCAAACUGGCCAAUCACGGCCUGAUUCAUGGAGACUUUAACGAGUUCAACCUCAUGCUGGACGACCAGGACCACAUAACUAUGAUUGACUUCCCUCAAAUGGUGUCCACCUCACAUGUCAAUGCCGAAUGGUAUUUUGACAGAGAUGUCAAAUGUAUCAGAGAUUUCUUUGCCAGACGAUACCAGUACGAAAGCGAGCUCUUUCCAACCUUCAAAGACAUACGGCGGUCUUGUUCUCUAGAUGUCAACGUCUCAGCUAGCGGCUUCACCAAAGACCUGGAGAGAGACGGUGCAUUGCUAGACCCAGCUGGACCCGAGGAGGAAGACGAUGAUGAUGAGGAAGAGGAAGAAGAGGACGAGGAUGGUGAAGAGGAAACAGACGAGGAGCUCGAAAAAGAAGAAGACAGUGUGCACUUGGAGGAAUAUAAGCAUGCACUGCUGGAACUAGAAGGUCUGAAAGUCAACGACUCGCCUGCAGACAUCCAAAAUGAGGAGAACAAGAGUGAAAAAGGGGAAGAACAAAAAGAAAUUGAGACCACAUCUACAGCAAGAAGUGAUGAAGAGCCAGAUAAGAACUUGGAGGAAGAGUUGAAUGAGGCAAAGGAUGAGUGUCCAGAGCUGGCAGACCUUUCUACCUCCAACAAAGAGUUCAAACCCUUCAGAGACUCGGACAGUCUUCUCCACAUGGCAGAUCACAGGAGGAUGAGGACAGACAGUGAGGGUACAGUGGGCAGCAUAGGGGGCUGCUCCACAAUACCACCGGAGAUCGUCCGUCAGAAGGUGCGGAUGCAGCUCACCAAACAGCAGAAGGCUGCACAGAGGAGACGUCUGCAGAAAGGAGAAGCCAACUUGGUGACCGAAACCAGGAGAGAGAACCAAAGUAACAUCAAGUCGAGUGUAGAUUGUGCCUCCUUCUGGGGAUAACUGCAGAGAUGGAAAGACUAAAUUUGCGUCAACAUGUUUUUUUUUUUUUCUGGUUACCAUUCAUGUUGUAUGGUCGGUAUGGUCAUGUUGUAUGAAAUACACAAAGGAAGAGAUAAAACUAUGCAUUCGGUGUCAUUUAAAUAUCGACUCCUUAUAAUGAAGCUGUAUGAUUGAUAAAUAAACCUUUUAAAUUACUAA